AGAUGAAUUUGCCCCUCAAUCCCAAAUCUUUCCUGAAUGGAUUAACAGGAAAGCCAGUGAUGGUGAAACUCAAGUGGGGAAUGGAGUACAAAAGCUAUCUGGUAUCUGCAGAUGGCUAUAUGAACAUGCAGCUUGCAAACACAGAAGAAUAUACAGAUGGAGCACUGUCUGGUCAUUUGGGUGAAGUUUUAAUAAGGUGUAAUGUUCUUUAAUUCAGGGGUGUUGAAGAGGAAGAAGA